GUUGUUGUCUGCGCACGCGGUAGAUCGUUCUAUGAAUUUUGUAAACAAAACGAAAUAUGCUGGCAAACGUAUCUGAAAAAAGUUAUGCGGCUGAAGCUCGUUAUACGAACUUCUAUGCGGGAAACGACAUUGCAUGGAGUGAGAAUGGCGAGCAUUUUUAUUGUCUUAACGGCGCGGUUGUGAAUCAGGUGGAUGUCCAAACUUCUCAAAUUGUUUGCAGUUUUGGAGUAAGCGGAAGCAGCGAAAAUGAUUCGGGAAAUAAGAGGAAGUCAAAUGGACUCGACGAUGUGGAGAUUGAUGAGGAUAAUAUUUACUGUUUUGCCAUUUCCCGUGAACAUUUGAUUACAGCUCAUGGAAGUGGAUUACUCCGCUUGUGGGAGCUGAACACCCAAAAGUUGGUUAAGCUUUGGAAGGCGCAGCACAAAGGACCCGUUGUCCGAAUUGAGUUCAGCACAUGCGGCAAGCUAAUCUGCACCAGUGGCGGAGCUGAUGCCACACUGCGAUUAUGGGAUUUUGCCAACAAUAGUUGUUUGUGUGCCUUGAAAGAUUUUCCUGGCCCGGCACUUUUGUUGCGCUUUCAUCCCAGUCCCUUGAAGAGAGAGAUUUAUGCCGUUGGCUCGGAUAACACGAUCUACUGUUGGAACUACGACACCAAGACACUGCUGCAUAAGAUGCGGGGUCACAUUUCCCAAGUGACCGGCCUAAGUUUCCAGAGUGCAGCAAAGGAUUGCAACCAGUUGGUAACAGUGAGUCGCGAUAAAGUGCUCAUCGUUUGGGAGCUGGAAUUGGAGUCGAGUACUUGGAAUCAGUUGAAAGUUAUACCAUUGUAUGAAGAACUGGAGGGAGUGACGCACUUGGCAGAUGGGGCACAGCUACUGGUCGCCUGUGGAAAUGGGAAGUUGCUACAGAUUGACACAAAGACAUUUAAAAUAAGAGACCUGUUGAUCAAAACGGACUUUGAGAUAAGUCGACUGCUUUACUGCUGCCUGAAGCAACAACUAGGACUUGUGACCACAGAGCAAAACAUUCUGAUAUACGAUGUGACCGCCGAUCCGAAAGAAACUGAGGUGGAGCUCUGUAAGCAGCUGGUGGGCAACAAUGACGAGAUAUUGGAUAUGUGCUUCUUGGGGGACAACGAUCGCUACCUGGCAGUGGCGACCAACAGCAAACACUUUAAGCUGUACGACACGGAGCAGAACAUGAACUGCAAAUUGAUUGCCGGGCACACGGACACUGUGAUGUCCCUGGCAGCGUCGCACAGUCUGCUCAUCUCAGUCGGCAAGGACUGCAGCAUACAUCUGUGGAAGCUAUCGCACACGGAGGCAUGCCACCUGCAACCGCUGACACAGCAGAGUAAUUGUCACACCUCCACCAUUGGAUCCGUGGCCUUUACACACAAUGGAGCCACGGGAUUUGCAUCUGCCUGCCAGGAUGGCAGCAUGAAAGUGUGGCAGCUGUCCCGGGAUAAGCGCGAAGAGAACUCCUAUUCCUUUGCUCUACGAUACGCAGCAUUGGCCCACGAUAAGGAGGUGAACUGCGUAACCUAUGCACUUAACAACAAAAUUCUGGCCACCGCAUCACAGGACAAGACGGCCAAGAUCUGGGCAGCCGAAGCAAACAAUCUGCUGGGCGUGUUGCGAGGACACACACGCGGUGUGUGGUGUGUGCGCUUCUCGCCCGUUGACCAGGUUGUGUUAACCUCCUCGUCGGAUUGUAGUCUGCGGAUCUGGUCCAUUGCGAACUUCAGUUGUCUGAAGCGCCUGGAACAGGAAUGCACCAUACUGCGUGCCGAGUUUCUUGAUCACGGCAAAUUCAUAUUGUCUGCCGCCUCAGAUGGUCUGUUAAAACUGUGGAACAUCAAGACCAACAUUUGUGUGCAGUCAAUCGAUGAGCACACCGAUCGCGUCUGGUCUUUGGCGGUGUCCACGGGCAGCAAUCGCUUCUUCUACACUGGUGGUGCGGACUCCAAGCUGAUACGCUUUGGCGACGUUACCGAAACGGUGCGCAAUGAAGUCCUGGAUCAGCGACAGGAGAUGCUGCAGCAGGAGCAGACACUGCAGUCGCUGCUCCACGCACAGGAGCAGCUGGAAAAGGCUUUCCGCCUUGCCCUCACGCUAGACAAGCCCAAAGCCUCCUACGACAUUAUAUGCCACUUUGUGCGCAAGCGAGAUUCCUCCACGGUGCGCCAACUUGUGGAUCAACUGAAUAUAGACCAGCGACUGGCGUUGCUGAAGCAUGUGAAGGCAUGGGGCACCAAUUCGCGUCACUCACUGGUUGCCAAUCUGGUAUUGCAACAUCUGCUGGGAGAUGCGCUCAACAGUCCACAAAAGCUCUACAACAGCGGCAAUCUGGUCGAGGUCCUAACUCCUUACGUGCAGCGACAUUUUAAGCGGGUCUCCGAAUUGAACAAGGAUCUUGCAUUCAUGGAGUUUAUUGUGAAGUGCAUGUAAAUUCUAAAUCUACCUUUAAAACUGUAUAAAUAUAACAAUUACAAUUAUAAACUGUUUAAAUCUA